GAGGAAAUUUUCCCCCACAAAAACAUACUUUAAUCAGCUUUUAUUAUAAAAUUCUCCGCCAACUCUAGUAAAAAUGAGUACAAAAUCAUCAAACAGUUUAGACACAAGGGCAGAACUUGCAGAAUUGGUGAAAAGGAAAGCAGAGAUAUCGGAAACCCUUGCAAAUCUCGAGCGGCAAAUCUAUGCAUUCGAAGGAUCCUACCUGGAGGAUACGCAGCUGUAUGGGAACAUCAUUCGAGGAUGGGAUCGCUACCUGACAACGAACAAAACGACCAACUCGAAAGCGGACAAACGGAACCGCAAGUUCAAGGAAGCAGAACGACUGUUCUCCAAAUCGUCCAUCACUUCGAUGGCUGCCGUAAGCGGAUUGGUUGAUCCGAACGAUGUCAAGCAUGAUCGUCACAGUGAAUCGGAUUCGAUGACUAAUGAUGACUCGAGCGAUAACCAAAUCGGUGCCAUCAAUUCCAACUCGUCACUCACUUCGACUCACGAUACGUCGUCGUCUUUGAAAACACCGGCCAGUAAAGGGUUGAAUUCGUCGAAGAGCACCAUCGAGAAGUCGUCGUCCUUCCUGAAUCGGCCUGUUACACCUUCCAAAGAAGCCAACACCAGCUCGGUGAAAGAAUCGAGCACUCCGAGCAGUACCGCUAAGCACAAGGCAGCGAACGUGGGUUCGGUGAAGAAGAACAGUUCGAACAAGAAGGUACGUCAUCGCUAAAUGGGUAUUUGUUUUCCGGUGGGGCAUUCAUACGGACAGUCGUUCGAGGUAAGGCACUUACUUAUUCACCUACUCAUCUUGUAUAGGAGGGUCUGUACAUUUCGAGAUUGCCACUGAAUUUCUAGUAUAUUAUUUGUGCUUUUAUGUUUCCUC